GAAAGGUGGGCAAGCAGAAAUGACAGAGGUAGGGAAGAAAAUACAAAAGGAGGGAUGGGGACAAGUUAAUGCCAGUCAGGAGGGAGACCUUGGGUGUUUCCAGACAGGAGCUCUAUAUUGCAAAUUGGUCAUACAGAUCCAGUUUUUGUCUGUGUGCGACUGACACAUUAAUUUCCUCAGAUUAAGGGUCGUCCCCCCCAAGCCAUGGAUGUUCAUUGCUAUUCCACUGCUUGCCAUCCACACCAGUGGGCAGAGCUCAGUGAAAUGUAUUUAAGCUGUGUUGUUUAGCUCCUCCCCUAAGUCACACCUCUCCUGCCCUGCACAAAGUUCUUUUUUCCACUCCGGGCAUGCAUUAGUAAUUCCGUAUCUGUGCAUGUGUGCCUUUAAAAAAAAUCACUGGAAGUGCACAAGACUUAGCUGUCGUGUUUCAUAGUAGGCAAAAUGGAUGCUUGUGUUUUGGAACAAUAUCCAUGUCAAUGUGCCUUUUAAUUUUAAUUUAAUAUUGAGGUCAAAAAACUGCAGCAGCAAUGCAGUACCAAAAUUAUAUUAAAGAAGUCUUCUGCAAGACCACCAUAAUAAAAUGUAAAAAAAAAGAAGUCUUAUAUGCAUAUUGCAAUUACAAUCUCUGGGAUAAUUCCCCACAUUUGCUGUGUGGAAAUCUUGAGAGAAUAGCUCCUCUGAACUGGGUUGUUAGAAUUCAGAUGUGCCUUCAGCAUGCAGCAUCAAUGGAAAGCUUCAAGUUAUUAUUAAUUUAUUAAUGUAUUAAUUUAUUAUUUAUACCCUGCUCAUCUGGCUGGGUUUCCCCAGUUGUCACAAAGUAAAAGAGGCAGAAUUUUAGGAUGGUUGGAGAGGAUCAUUGGAUCUGUUAUGUUGAGCAGAAUACAUACUGAGAGAGAGAAAAGCCGUAUAUGUUGAGGGCUUUAUUUUUCUUCCACUAAAAAGGGAAUAUUGGAAGCAAUAGCUUUAGCCAUCAUUAUACAAGGAGUGCAUUUUGGUGCAUUUUAGUGCAAAUGGCAUUUCAUUCGGUAAAGGUAAGUAUUUCAUCUGGUCUUUGGUUCAUGGGAUUUCAUUAUGAAAAAGCCUCUGAGAACCGGCCCCUGAUUUCUCAUUCAAAAUACAGUAUAAUGGCAUCUCUUUUUUACCAAUAAUAAGGUCCGUUUAUAUACUGUUUAUAUAUAAUUAUUUCCAUAUUUUGUUUUUAACAUGUUUCCCCUCCCAAUUUUCUUCUUCUUCUAGAAAUCAGAAUUUAAGGAAGGAGUUCUUCGCAGAACAAUGGCACUGGUGUCCAACAACACAGCAUUAAACUACCUCCUUUCAAAACUGCUAGAAGACUAUGAAAGCAAACCCAGCCACCCGACAGCUGCACCAGUCGUUGCAACAAAUGACCAUCUGGAAGUCAUCUACAUACUCCUAUUGCUUGGCUUCUUUGGCUUCUUCACAUUCGGAAUAAUGAUGAGCUACAUCCGCUCCAAAAAGCUUGAACAUUCAAAUGACCCGUACAAUGUGUACAUUGCCACAGACAUUUGGCGGAAGAAGGACAAGGCCAGCUUGAAAGCCAAGGUGAUGGAAAAUUAUAAAUCAAGCUUCGUCUUGGAAAACCAGCAUGCUGUAGAACAGCCCACCAGUCACAUUCCUGAAGUGAACCCUUCCUAGCAAAUGGGCAGCUAAUCUUACAGGCAUCAUACUGAAUUUUCCAAAACUGUGAUAGUAAGCAGUUUGUGGCCUUUAUUUACCCCUUUUAAGAAGAAAAGUACACCCCCUGCCUCUUCAGGG